AGGGUUUACGGUUGAGAGUUGGUUUUACUUGGAUUACACAGACUGUUAAACACCUGGUUCCGGUAUUUAUCGGUGUAUGGAUGUGUGAAAACGUGUGGCCAUGACGAUAACGUCUCAUCAUAGCUAACACCAGGUGUUUCCCCUGCUAUGAGGGUUCCUGAUGUCGGAGCUGGAGCGUGACCGUGCCGAUCAUGGAGGAAAGAACUCUGAAUUAAUGUGCCCAAAGAGACUGAUUUAAGUCAGGCCGACAGCAAUUUAGAUUUAUAAUUGUAGAUGCUGCAGAACUUGAUCUGUCUUGCCUCUUAAGUUUUACAUACCUGGCCAGAGUGAUAUUUUUGAUGCGAGACAGAAGCUUGUUUAGCUUUUAGCCAAGCCAGUUUGAAUGCUGGAAUAAUCUCAAAUCCCUCCUGGGGAUGGCUAAGUGAGUGCCCAAGUCUGAGCCAAGAAGAUUAAAAUCAUAUUAGAUUUAUAAGUGAAGGAAAGAGGAACACCUGUUUGACUGAGCUGCCAAAUCCAGACCACUCUGCUUUCAUUGAUUUUGACUUCUCUUUUGUGUAUAAGACAGGGUCUGUCUCCUCCCUCCACUUCCACUGUGCGUGAAAAGAGUCAGUCAUUGCUUAUCAUCGUCUUUAGUGUAGGGGUGCGUUUAGCAUUUCUUUCCCUAUUCUGUGGCCUUGGAAGCAUGACUAUAUUCAUCACAGUCACCAUUCCCCUUCCGCUGGGUUAAAAAAAAAAAAAGCUAAAGAAAGGAGGAACGUGAUGAGCUAAGCCUCCCCCCACUCAACUGUCCUCUCUGAACUGCUUUGUGGAAACCUCUAUUCACUGUGAUUACUUUGUCUCCACAGCCCACUGAGAGAUAAGCAAUCUUGAGAGUAUGAAGGAUUGAUCUUAGCCCUUUGAGUCAAAAGGAUUGCACAUGCAUACGUGUACACACUGUGCAGCAACACUAGUCUCCCUGUUUGGGCUGCCACUGUUUGGGCUUUGUGCUGUUCGUUCCCUCCUCCCCUCCCAGUUCCUGUGGGUUUGAAUGAUCAAGGACGAGGGCCACGGCCUUGGCAGUAGUUCGUUUGUAUUUGACUUAGCGCUUGGCCAUUGUUGCUGACCACCCUCCUGACCCCUGCUCUUGAGACUUGAGCUCUAUGGAUAUGCUGAGGAACAGACAUGAAGUCUUGCUGACAAAGCCUGACCUUCUGGAGCACCCUGCAUGUUAAAGGACCCCCCCCCCCCCCCCCCCCCCAUAUCUAAGUUGUGAAUAGGUUAAAAAAAAAUCUAUACAUCUACCCUUACUGCAGCACUGUUUUGGCUAAAAGGACAGGAUGAAAUUGAAAAAGCAGGUGACUGUUUGCGGUGGGGCCAUCUUCUGUGUGGCUGUCUUCUCUCUCUAUCUGAUGUUGGAUCGUGUCCAGCAUGACCCAGCCAGGAGACAGAAUGGGGGAAACUUCCCAAGGAGCCAGAUUUCGGUGUUGCAGAACCGCAUUGAGCAGCUGGAGCAGCUUCUGGAGGAGAACCACCAGAUCAUCAGCCACAUUAAAGACUCUGUGCUGGAGCUUACAGACACAGGUGCCAUCUCACCCAGUGGACAACUUCCAUUUCGCAAUGCUAAUGGCUCCUGGGUGCUGCCUUUUGAUAGCAGGCCUACCUUCUUCACCAUAAAACCCCAGGACUGCCAGUUUGCACAGGGCCGCCAUGGCCAAAGUGAUCUGCAGAUGCUGGAUGUGUACUCUCUUCUGAGCUUUGAUAAUGUGGACGGAGGUGUGUGGAAGCAGGGCUUUGAUAUCACGUAUGACCCCACUGAGUGGGACAAUGAACCCCUGCAAGUGUUUGUGGUGCCCCACUCUCACAAUGAUCCAGGUUGGAUCAAAACAUUUGACAAAUAUUAUAAUGACCAGACGCAACAUAUUCUUAACAACAUGGUGGUCAAGCUUCCAGAGGACCCACGCAGGAAGUUUAUUUGGUCCGAGAUGUCCUUCUUUGUUAAGUGGUGGGAGAGUGUAGACACUCAAAAACGGGAGGCAAUGCGCAAAUUGAUCCUGGGAGGGCAGCUGGAGAUUGUGACAGGAGGAUGGGUAAUGACCGAUGAAGCCAAUAGUCACUACUUUGCCAUGAUCGACCAGCUUAUUGAAGGGCAUCAGUGGCUGGAAAAAAACUUGGGUGUGAUUCCUCACUCAGGGUGGGCUAUUGACCCUUUUGGGCACAGUGCCACCAUGCCUUACUUACUGAAGAAAGCCAACAUAACCAGCAUGCUCAUUCAGAGAGUCCACUACUCCAUUAAGAAGCAUUUUGCCUCCACACAGAACCUGGAGUUCAUGUGGAGACAGGCUUGGGAUCCUGAGUCAGGCACAGACCUGUUCUGUCACAUGAUGCCCUUCUACAGCUAUGAUGUGCCUCACACAUGUGGGCCUGACCCAAAGAUCUGUUGCCAGUUUGACUUUAAGAGGCUGCCAGGCAGCAGAAUCAACUGCCCCUGGAAGGUGCCUCCACGGGCUAUCUCUGAGGCUAAUGUAGCCGAGAGGGUUCAAGCCCUUUUGGACCAGUAUCGCAAGAAGUCUAAGCUUUUCCGUAGCAAAGUUCUGCUGAUACCGUUGGGAGACGAUUUCCGCUAUGAUAAAGCCCAAGAGUGGGACCAACAGUAUACCAAUUACCAGAAGCUUUUCGAUUACAUGAACUCUCACCCAGAAUUGCAUGUUCAGGCCCAGUUUGGCACACUGACGGACUACUUCAAUGCUGUAUAUAAGGCUACUGGGGUGGGCCAGGGAAUGAAACCACCUGGUUACCCUGUACUGAGUGGAGAUUUCUUUGCUUAUGCUGACCGAGAGGAUCAUUACUGGACUGGCUACUACACCUCUAGACCAUUCUACAAAAACCUAGACCGUGUACUUGAGUCCCACCUUAGGGGAGCAGAGAUUCUCUACAGUUUGGCUGUUGCACAUGCACGCCAUGCAGGUAUGGAAGGACGCUACCCCAUCUCGGACUACUCCCUUUUGACGGACGCCAGGCGCAACGUUGGUCUCUUCCAGCAUCAUGAUGCCAUCACCGGCACUGCGAAGGAGGCUGUAGUCAUUGACUAUGGUACCAGGUUAUUGCGCUCACUUAUUGGCUUGAAAAGAGUGAUCAUUAAUGCAGCGCACUUCCUCAUCAUGAAAAAUAAAGAUGUGUAUCGCUUCUACCAGACUGAACCCUUCCUGGAAACGGAUGACAGGCGUGCCACACAGGACUCUUUACCCCAGCGCACUCUUAUUGAAUUGGACUCCUCUUCUCCCAGGUACCUGGUGCUGUUUAACCCUUUGGAACAAGAGCGUCUGUGUGUAGUCACCGUACUGGUGAACUCUGCACGGGUCAGAGUGCUCACAGAGGAUGGCCAGACCCUACCAGUGCAGCUCAGUGCACAGUGGAGCUCAGCUGUGCAAAUGGAUGGAGAAGUAUACCAGGCUUCCUUCAUGGCCCGCCUCCCUGCGCUGGGAUUGGCUGUAUUUCAUCUGUAUGACUCAGUUGACUCCCCCAUGACCUUGCGCUCUGAUACACUGCUGAGGGUUCCAGGGCGGAGUCAGAGCGUGCAUAGUUUGGAUCCCCUUCCUGUACGCUCUCAGGCAGCUGACUCUCAGCCCUUCUACAUACAGACACAGUUGCUCACGUUGGGCUUCUCUGGCACCACAGGCCUGUUGGAGAGUAUCCGGCGUAAAGAUGACCCUCGGGAGGUGAGGGUACAAAUCCAGUUCCUCGUCUACGGAACACGGGCUUCCAAGGACAAGAGCGGAGCAUACCUCUUCUUACCGGAUGGCAUUGCCAUGCCAUACGUGCCGAAAGAGCCUCCAACCGUACGUGUUGUAGAGGGUCCUCUCUUUUCUGAGGUGGUUGCUUACUACCAGCACUUCCAGCAAAUGGUCCGCAUACAUAAUAUACCAGGUAUAGAUGGUCUGUCUCUGGACAUCACCACCUUGGUGGACAUCAGGGACCAGAAUAAUAAAGAGCUGGCCAUGCGUUUGGUCACGGACAUCCAGAGUGAGGACACGUUCUACACAGACCUCAAUGGUUUCCAGAUCCAGCCACGCAGGUACUUCCAGAAGAUACCACUGCAGGCUAACUUCUACCCUAUGCCCACCAUGGCCUACAUCCAGGACAGCCAGUACCGCCUGACCCUGUACACGGCCCAGGGCCUGGGAGUCAGCAGCCUUGCCAGCGGUCAGCUGGAGGUGAUUCUGGACCGUAGACUGAUGCAGGACGAUAACAGGGGUCUGGGACAAGGUCUGAAGGAUAACAAGAGGACAGCUAACCGCUUCCGGCUCCUGUUAGAGAGGAGAUCCAGCAACAGCAGGGCUGUUGACAGUGGACCAGUCAGCUUCCCCUCUUUGCUGAGUCACAUGACCUCUGCCAUCUUGAACCAUGAAGUGCUGGCACUGCCGGUCAUUCCAAAGAAACGUGGCAUUCCCCCUCUCCGCACCUUUUCCCCACUGGCCACAGCACUGCCCUGCGAUUUUCAUCUGCUCAACCUCAGGAGCAUUCAGAGCCAGGAUGUUAACUAUCCCUCUGCACACACGGCUCUCCUGCUGCAUCGACUGGGUCUAGACUGUGGCCUCGAGCUCCAAAAUCCUGCAUUCAACUGCACCACCACACAGGGCAAGCUGGCCGUUUCGGGGCUGUUCCACGGUCUGGACCUGCAGUUAUUGCAGCCUAUGUCACUGACACUGAUGUACUCAGAGCCUCCACUCUCCAACACCUCUGUUAUCAGCCUGGAGCCCAUGGAGCUUUCUGCCUUUAAGCUCAAACUGCAUUAGACUUUGUGACACAGUGCCACCUGCACACAGCAGCCAGUGCAGAGAGACAGCACAUGCCGUGUGUGCGCGCGUGCUCUCUCUCUCUCUCUCUCUCUGUCUCACUCAUGCUCUCUCACUCACACACACACACACACACACAAAGGGGGAUGAGGAUUAUGAACACAUGAUAUGAUAUACCAACAUGGAUGUUGAUGUCCCUCUAAAAUACUUUUAUAAAGGGAGAUUCCAGCACCAGUUAUGAUUCCUGUUACUGUCCCAGGACUGAGCGACUGGACAAAUGAUGUUUUGAAUUACAUCCCCCCCCCCCCCCAAGUUUGCUUAAAUUUGAAUCAACAGAAUGACUAGUGAUUGUAUGGAUUUUAUUAGAUAUGGAUGCACUUGAUCAUCAUUGGAAAUUCUUGUGCAUUUCUUUUUGUUGUCCUGGCUGGAACCACUGACAUCUUUUUUCUUCUUCUUUUCCCCUUUUUGUCCAUCUUGUGGAACUUCUUGGGCAGUGUAGCCUAUUGUACGUAAUUGUCUUUGGCUCUUCAUGAACUAGUGGGACUGAGUGCAAUAUGUGAAGCUUCUCUAGGCGUAAUGCUUUGCUUUUUUUUUUUUUUCCCCUUGCCUUUCCUUUUUCUUAUUUUUUUUAAAUUUCCAUUCUGCAGAAGCUGUGCUUGAAACUUUGUUGCUGACCCAUGUUUUGUAAUUCAGUUGACUGUGCUGCCUGCUGUAGCCGCAUGUUUCUGUGAAAUGUCUGCUCACUUGCCUGCUCGCUCUGGCAGCUUUACACAAAAGCUUGCUCUCCCUCAUCUGUUAGUCAGUGGCCUGUUUUGGGUUCUCCCUCUUCCAAGUUUAUCAUGAGUGUAGCGAGUGAUGACAACAACUUUGUCCAAUUUUUUUUCUUUUUUUGAGGGCUUUUUUUGUUUGUUCCUGAAAAUGCUGCUCUCUCCAAAUUACCUUGCUGUGUUACAUACCAUUUAUUUCCCCCCUGGGCACAAUGUGUUGAUGUCUGCUGAGGAUGGUGUGGUGUACUAUAAAAUAUGCAGUAUACGAUACCUCUUAUAUUUUACAGAUGAACAUUUGAGAUGUGCAAUAUAUUACUGUGGUGACUGAGAUGAUUGAUUGUGUGUGGUGCAGUGAUUAGGUAACAAGGUGACAUUGAGAAAUUAUGGCACUGUUUACCAUCAUGCAUGUACAGGAGCGAACUAGUGAUGUUCAUGACUGAUUUUAGAUCAGUAUUUUAAAUGAUCUAAGUUUAGCCUAAGGCCUUCAACCCAUAUGGCUGUGUGAUUUUGAAGAGUGGAGAUGUUCACAGUAAUUGCACUGUGCUGAGGAGAAGUCUGGGCACACUAAUGUAUUGUAAAGUUCAACUCCAGUGGUCUUUGUUCCUCAUGUCUCUCUUGUCCUGAUACAGUCAUCCACUUGACUCUAACUGUAUCACAUGGUGUGAAUGUAUCACAACUGCCAGGAGGAAAGUGUCUGUAAAAGCCGAAGCUGUUUGCUGUUUUUGUUCCUACUCAUCUUCUCCCUACCAUGUUCCCUGAAAUGGCUCAAUCUCGUAGAGACUCGCACCUAUGAUUUACUGUGAGAAAUGAUUGCUCUGAAAAGUACGAUGCAGGUGGAGAAGAGGUUAGUAGCAGUCAUGAAACCUCUGAGCGAGAGUUAUCACUGUUGCCUUUAUCUACACUAUAAAGAAAUAUUAUGGCUUCUGACUUGGUCAGCUAGUCUAAAAGAACAGAAGUACGAAGAGGCUGGUGAUAUUUAAUUCCUGGAGAGCUUUAGCUCUAUUCUAUAUUCGAUAAACUUUCUGAGACAUUGACAUUACACCAUAACGUACAUAAUUUGCAUUUACAACUCUUGCCAUGCUGCACCACUGUACCUCCUUGCCUACUUACCCUACACAAUACAUUCUUACUUUGGACAAUUGCGUCUAAUUACUACUCAUUUGUGUAGUAUGAUGUAAACGAGCUGUUUUUUUUUUUUUUUUGUCUUGAGACAAAUAUUUUGUUUCUCCUUUUUGUGUCUGUUUCUUCCUGAAGGAUGUUAAUGUGAAAUGAAGAAAUGCAAAAGAGAAAAUGCAAAGUAGCUAAAGUUGAUAUUUAAUAAACAUCAGCCAUGGCAUUUAUGUAAUGUCAUUCUGACUGACCAUUACUUUGUGCCAUAUACGCAAGCAAACUGAAUACAGAAUAAAUCCGUGAGAAAACAUUACUCUUAUGGAAGUCAAAACAUCGCUAUAGGCAUGUCUGUGCGAGUUUAUGUACACAAGUGUCCCUGGGUGUCAAUCCUAACUGCACAGGCAGGGGGGCAGUAAGAAACUACAUGGUGUACAAUGGGGAUUGGAGCUCAUUCACUGAAGAGUCCCAAGUGCUGGAAAAACAGUUUCUGUCUGAUGUGGACACUUCUGUUUCUGUAGAGGAAUGGAGAGACCUUUGAUCCCUGCCAAGACGCCAGGUCCAUGGAAGACAAAACUGUCGUCCCCCCCCCCUUGUAUCACAUACAGAUAUACAAGUGGAAAAUUGCCUGUCUGAGAAUAUGAAGUGAAAUCAAGGCUUUUCAUCCAAUGAAGGUCAUCGUUUAGGUGAAGCAAACUGAUUCUGAAGCUGCCCUGGCGUGCAGAAGACUUUAGAGAGAGCCCUCUCCAUUACUGAUCAAUCUGCCUACCAGUACAAGGAAGAGAAACAACAGAGAAUUGAAAUUUCGUUUCAGGGUUUUGUUUCAUGAAGUAAGACAGCUGUGCAGUUUGGGUAAAUGGCAGGGUCAUGAAGGAGAAAUGAGAAGUGGAGGCAGGAUUGAAUAGAGAGAGAUUCAUAAAUGUAGGUUUUGUAUGGAAGAAUGAGUCAGUCAGGAAGAGUAAAUGUUGCUGACUAAGCCCAAAAUUUGAAUGUGUGCGCUUCAAGGGAGGUCAGAUGGGCGUAGGUGUAACCAUUUUAGGGCAUGUCAGCAUCGAUGCUUUUGUUUGCGCUUGCUUUCUACAAAGAAAGCACAAAGUGGGCCUGUUGGAGCUCUAAAUAAUAAAUGGUUUAUCUUGAAGCAGGUCCACACGGUUUGCCCAAUGACUAAAAUAAUCUGCUUAUUUUAGUUAACGGUACAUAAAUGGACACUGAGCUUCAGUUUGGCCUGACUGACGAUCAAUAUAGAUUUCCUACCCUUUACUUACAUGUAACACACUUUCAAACAGCACUUCUGAAGAUAGCAUGCUAGGAAGGUAGGUUGUAAGUGUAUUUAUUAGCAAUAGGAUGGAACGUUCAAAAUGGUGUUAACUUCUAAUGCAUUCACACUAAACAUUUGUUUGACUGCACUCUCCACAGGCUGCAUUUGCAGUUUGGUUAAAUUUGACUAGCCUACUUCUUGUGUGCUUUAUUUAACUCCAGAAUUCACACCUUUCCCUUAAAUGACAUUCAGUCAGCAUUUUACUGGGUUACUGAACCGCACACUGAGCUCGGAGUUUGAGGUUUCACAGCACUGCUUGCAAGUGUUCCUCCACCAGACUAAUGAGAUUAAUUUGAGGCUGGAGGAAACAUCUGGCAGAAAUAAUCGAGUGUCGUUACUAAGAUUGGGUUUAAAUAUGACAAAAGUGGCAACUUCAGCUGUAGUGAUACCUUUAAUAAUCAGCUAGUGCUUCAGGCUUGAGAGGAAAGAGCUGGGCAGAGGAACAGGUGAAUGUAUUUUUAGCAUAAACAUUAGUGAUGAACAGUGAACAUUCUAGCACAAGGGAAGUCAAGGGAAUCGGCCCUUCCAUGCCCCAAAAGCCCACACGUUGUAUCCUAGUUAUAAUGCCAGGCAUGCAGUUGCUCUCGGUGUGAAUUAGAGUUGGACCUGUCUCCUAGCGGAGUUAAUUUUAGAGAUCAUUUUCUGUGGACUAUUUCCAUAAACUACAUCUUGCUGUGCUUUAGGGAGCAUGGAAAUUCUCUCAUCAGUCACUGAUCAAUCGAAGACUUGACUCCUAAAGCUCUUACUGCUCUCCUAGUGUAUUCUCCACACAGCGAAUGAAUAACAGUGGGUUAUAAAUGUAAAGUGGGUGGUGACUUUCAGAUGAGGAUUAGCAAUUUAUCUGCAUGUUUUAUAUUUCCUAGUAUAAAUAUGCAACCUUUCCACCGUCAUUUUCUGUUCUGCCCUACACAGCCUUAAGUCCAGCAAAUACAUCAUUCUGAAAGCCCAAAUUUAUUGCUAAAAGUACACUAAAUGUAGAACUGUACAUUAGGUAAGCGACUGGCACAUGCAUAUAGUACCAGUCAAAAGUUUGUACACACCUACUCCUUCAUAGGUUUUUCUGUAUUUCCACUAUUUUCUACAGUGUAGAACAAUACUGAAGACAUCAAAGCUAUGAAAUAACGUGAAAUUAUGUGGUAAACAAAAAGUGUUUAAUAAAUCAUAUUUUAGAUUUUUCAAAGUAUCCAGCAUUUACCUUGAUGAUGCUUUGCAUACUAUUGACAUUAUCUUAACCAGCUUCAUGAGGUCAUCACUUGGAAUGCUUUUGAAUUAACCGGUGCCUCGUCAAAAGUUAAUUAGUGCAAUUGCUUUCUUAAUGUGGUUGCGAUCAAAUGGUAAAUAAUAAAAAUAAAUGGCCCUAUUCCACAACUCUAAUAAUCCAUAUUAUGUCAAGAACCACUCAACUAAGUAAAGAAAAAUGACGUCCACACUUGCACUCAGUGUGUAUAUACUCAGCCCAGCCUAUGGUGCACCAACAACCCUGUCUUGGUCCGUGCAUUACACUGCUGCUACAUGAUUAAAUAAUUGGAUGGUUGACCAGGUGUACAUAUGUUCCCAGUUAGUAAGUGUAUAUUGACCACUAUUUAGAAGCGCUAUCAGUGAGCUGAACCUUUUGAAUAAAUAAGCAUUAACCUUUUUUAUAAUGAAUUUCAAAACCAGAGUGACCUUAAGAUUGACAUCUUUUAAAUUAUGAACACAUGAUCGAAGGAUGGAACCCAUUGCUCAUCAUACCUAUUAUUUCUGAAACAAAGAACUUAUUAGUGCUGUACAUUAGUGGCAUUUCCACCAUAGGGGUUUGUAGUGUUUACUACAACUACACUAUUAAAAAAAAUCCAAAGCUUGGAACACAAAGAGAGCCAAUCACAGGGCUUACAUUGAUCAUCUGUGAAACAUGCCAAAUGCUCUCUUGAGUCGUUUACCACACUGGUUCUGACAGCUUUUAGUGCAUCAAACCUCAAAAUCAAUAAAAUUUCCUUUGGGGUGAAGAAAAUUACUCUGCCUACCACAUGAGAAAAGAGAACUCAUUAUACAAGGUUAUUUCAACUCCCAGACGUUCCAAGCCAAUUUAUACAUAACGCAUCUCUUGCUCAGGGGUUGAUCUAGAUCAGAGUUUCUCAAAUCUGGUUUUGGGCAACCUUGCCCUGCACAGUGUUCAGAUUAACUAACAAUGAACACACUUGACCCAACUCAUAACUGGCCUAAUAGUUAGCCAAGGAGUCAUGCUGGGUGUGUUUUACCCAGAUUAUUCAGCUUGAAAUAGCCAGGGGUUGGGUCCUCAGCAGUUGUGAAAUGCUGAUCUAGACCAGCAGAGCUCCAGUGCAGUCUGGAGUCCAGCACAGUUUGAUCUCCCUGCGCUCACAUUUCUAUACUUUUGGCAAUUAUUUUCUGAAUUUUAAAUAAACCAGGUGCCUAUGAGUAGGAAACUGUGCUAGACCCCAGGAGUGGACCUGGCCAGCCUUGAUCUACAAGAUAAAAAAUGUGCAUUUCAUGGAUGAUAACACUAUAAUUUUAUUCGGUCUAUCCCUGUAUAGAUACCUUAAACUGCACAUAGCUAGAAUUUAUUCCUCAGACAGUGAAUGUAAGUGAUAUUUGUGAAACUAUGUGAAAACUGAGCUAUACCUUUUUUCCCCAUGGUGUUUCACUGUAUAUGCAAUCUAUUGUUUUUGAUAAUCAUUAGGUUUCUAUUUCACUGUGAUUGGUUUGCGUUUUUGAAGCCCAAAUAACGGAUUGAACUACAAACGCAUCCAGGCUUUCCUCUUUUGUAAUAAUUUCCACAGGCUUAUCCAAACUAAAGCCAUAUUCAACCAGCUUCAUUAUAAUAUGAAGAGUACUUGCAGCAGUCACAUGGAUGCUGAAUUUGAAUGUUCAGCCUGCUUUUAUUCCAUAAACUAAAGGCUUUCAGCCGACAGGCGACUGCAUGGCUAGUAUUACAACAAUAUUUGGCUCUCCUUGUGAAUUGAGUUUCUUGCAGAUUGCUUAAAGGCUUACUCAGACUGCGAGUCUGUUGUUCUCAAAUGCCACUAUUGUCUACCUCCACUGUUUUCAGAAUGAUCCAAGCAAUCUUCUGAAAUAUUUUGGUGUGAAAUAUAUUGAUCUCAUUAAGCAAUAACAAUCACAAAUAUAGGAAUAUAACAAACUGACAAAGUGAGAGAGACCAAUUAGCAACUUUUAGCAUAUGAUGCAUUGAUGAUAAAACUAUGUACAGUGUCCUCCACGAUUACUGACACCCGCUGUAAAGGUUAUGAAAAAGGGUUCAAAAAUAUCCAACUUUUGGUGAAAUAGCUUUACCUCACACUGAGAGGGAAAAAAAGAGAGAAAAACCAAACCUUUUAAUUGAAAUAAAUUUAUUCAGAGAAAAACAAAUAUUCCCUCAUCAAGAAAUAAGUUUCAACAAAAACAUGUGCCACUAUUAUUGGCACCCUGUAUUUAAUACUUUUGUAAAACCUCCCUUUUCCAGUAAAACUGCACUCAGUCUUUUCCUGUAACAUUUCAUAAGGUUGGAGAUACACAGCAGGAUAUCUGAGACCAUUCCUCUUUACACAAUCUCUCCAGAUCAUGCAGGGUCCUCGUCCCUCUCUUGUGCGCUCUCCUCUUCAGCUCACCUCACAGAUUUUCAAUGGGGUUCAGGUCAGGGGACUGAGAUGGCCAUGGCAGAAGCUUGAUUCCAUGGUCAGCAAACCAUUUUUGUGUUGAUUUGGACUUCAGAUCAUUGUCCUGCUGGAAGAUCCAGUUAUGACCCAGUUUUAGUUUCCUGGCAGAAACAGCCAGAUUUUGAUUUAAAAUGUCCUGGUAUUUCAUGGAGUCAAUGAUGCCAUGUACACUAACAAUGUUUCCAGGGCCUGCAGAGGAGAAACAGCCCCAAAACAUCAUAGGACCGUCACCAUAUUUAACAGUUAGGAUCGGGUUAUUUUCAUUAUAGCCAUCCUUCUUUUUACACCAAACUCACCUUGAGUGUUUAUUACCAAAAAGCUCCAUUUUCAUUACAUCAGACCAUAGAACAUGAUUCCAGUCAGAGUUGUAGUAGCAUUUCGCAAGCUUCAGGUGCUUACGUUUGUGGUAAACUGACAGAUAUGGCUUUUUUUGGUAUAAGUUCCAAAUAAUCUGUUGGCAUAGAGGUGGUGUCUGAUGGCGGUUUUGGAGACCCCAAGGUUUUACUUUUUCUUGUAAUUCACGAACAGUGAUCCUUGGGGAAUUUUGUUUGUCUCUUUUACUCGCCUCCUCACUGUGUGUGUGGGCAAAAUAAACUUGGGUCCUUUCCCAGGCAAGUUUGUAACAGUUCCAGUUGGUGUCCACUUUUUUUUAUGAUUGCCCUAGUACUAGAAAUGGGCAUUUUCAGGCAAGUAGUGCCCUGCACCCCUCAAUAAGCAUUCCCUGACUUAUGAAGGUCAACACACUUCUCCCUCAUUUGGUUUGUGUUCUUUCUUAUCUUUCCCAUGAUGAUGGAUGACGAAGGGAAUUUAGCCUGUCACACCUCAUAGUUGUUCUCCAGCUGAUCAGAAAAUCAUGGAUUACAGCUUGAAAGUUCCUACACACCCUGGUCAACUCAAAAAUGUACAAUUUAAAUGGAAAACAUGCUUCAGUUCCAUUGUGUUCACUAUAAUUUCCAGGGGUACCAAUAGUAGCGGCACAUGUUUUUGUUGAAAAUAAUUACUUCUUGACGAGGGAUUUGUUUUUUCUGAAUAAAUUUAUUUCAAUUAAAAAGGCUGGAUUUUUUUCUAACUCAUUUUACUAAUCUUUACAAGGGGUGUCAAUAAUCAUGGAGGGCACUGUAUGUAUGGGCUUUAUACAGUGGUUAAUCAAAACAUUAUUUUGCAUAAAUUCAGUCUAGGCUGCUGAUGAUAGGCCAACCGGAGUAAAUUUAGCCCUUUUCAGCUCUAAAUGAAACAUUAGCAUUCAUACUCACAAACACUGAUCUUAAUUUGCAGUUUAAAUCUUACAACUCAAACCACCACUGUGAAUUCAAAAUCCAAUCACAAGAAUGACUCAUGCCACAGCUCUGUAUCUCCCUACCUCCCUCCUGAACACCCAUACAUAGCUGUGUGCGCGCACACGCACAUGCUGUCUUGGAAGAGUCCUGAACAUAGCAGAGCCUAAAGUGUGGCAGACUUGUUUCUCAAUUCUAGUCCGGUAGCCUGACUUCAAUGCAGGUGAGUGAGAUGGAGAGAAAAGAAGUGGAUCAGCUCACUUGCCCUGCAAGAGGAAGGCUGAGGCAUGUGAAACGCAAGACAUGGGACAGCGGGCGCACUAGAGACCACUUUGCGUGUGUAUAAAAGCUGUCUUUUCACUGUGACAGUCCAGUUCUUCGUUCUCUGAUUCUGAGUUCACCCCACCUGCAGUGUCCUCGUCCCCCCACACAGUGGGAAUCCCUCGGUACAACACCCUGCUGUUAGUCAAAUCCCGACCCAAGCCAAAACCAAACCCAAAUCCAACCCGCACACCUCUGCCACUUGAGUCUGUCACCUGCAGUUUGGUUCUCCUACAGAAGGGGGCACUGGCUGCACCUGCAUACAGCUGGAGUAGCACAAAAACAGCGGCGAAUGUAGCUAGAAUGAAGGCACAGCUCAGCACAGCCAUAAGUACAGGCAAAUGUGAGGAUGUUUCCACUUUGGGCAUCUCUGAGUCUGCCUCCUCCACUCCCUCACUGUGGAGCACUGGGCUGAUGGGAGAUUUGUGUUGCACCUGGUUCUGAUGCAGACAUGAUGUGCCCACGAGGUGGCUGUAGAGUGGACAGGACUGGCACUCAUCCUCACCAGGCCCAGAGCACGUCAGACAUGCAGGAUGGCAGACCAGGCACGCUUGCACCGAGGACUGCUCCACCCAGUUCUCUAGAGAGAGGUUAAGGAGCUGCAGGCCAGGCGUAAAACCCGGAGGACAGGACUUCACACAGCCUUGCAGAAAGAGCCACAAACCAGUACUACACUCUGCAAACCAGAAAAUGAAGAAUGUUUAUCACACCAACUAUAUGCACCCUAAUUAUAAAGGAGUCCCAUGAGUCCAGCACCAUAGGGAUAAUGUAUAUUUUUGUUUUUACAGACCAUGAUGUAUCUGAGCAAGGAAAAACAAGAACUUAGGAAUUUGAAGUCAAUUUGAAAGAGCAGGUAUACACAGAGAAAAUUAGGAAUGUUGAACAUUUGGGUCAGUGCAUUAUUGUGGCAUGUAACUCCAUUCCUGCCAUCAUUAAUCAUGCGUUUACUGACUGGAUAUUAUGUCUGAAUUUGCGUACGGUGAAAAUUUUGGCUAUAUUGAUCAAGUUCUGUGAUGGUAGAAUGAUCUUAUGAUUCUGGAAUUAUAGGACACCCUGUAGUUAUCAUAGCUAACAAAAUGUACAACUAAAAGUAUAGAAAAAAUGUAAAUACAUUUAAAAAACAAUAUCCUAAAAUUAAAUGAAAUUACAACUAUUGACUUUGAAACUAGUAAAUUAGGUGCAUUUGUAGAAGAUUUUGAAUUGAACUCCUUUGGAAGCAGGAGGUUGCAAGUUUGAAUUCCAUGAUUGCCACCGUUGGACCCUUGAACAAAAGGCCCUUAAUCCUCAAUUAUUUGGAUUAUAUUCGAUUGUAAUUGUAGCAAUUGUAAGAAAUGCACACUAAAACUAAACUGAAUUUUAUAUUUUGGUAUAAAUAAGCUCUUAUAACUUCCCACAAUAUUUUCCCCUAUAUUUCACAGGAGGACAGCUUAAGGAGCAAAAUACUAUGGUGUUGCAUGAUUCAAACUACAAAAUGAUCAAAUGAUCACAAUACAUUCACGCUUGUUAGUGAGAGUAGCCAUUAGGAUUGUCAUUGCUCCUUGUAAUGAGUAAAAUGUACCUCCAUAAGGGCACUUACACACUUAAAUUACUUCAAAAGAAAUGAAACAGUUAAGACAAAAUAAGAACCACAUUUAACAGGCACUCACAGAGAAGGCAUAUAUAAUGCACUAUAGUUAUUGUGCAACUAUACAUAUCUAACUGCUGUAUUUGUAACUGCAGUAAUAUUGACUACAGAGCGUAAUAUCAAUACUGAGAGUCAAACUUGUACAUUCAUUAACAUUACAGAUGGAAAGUUAAAGAUACAUCAGUAUUACUGUAAUUAUUUGUCUCAGGAGAAGGUAGUUACAAAGGACCUCCUCAUCAAAACCAGAAAAGAACCAACCUUUCACAAGUUAUUUUCCUCCUGAUAAAAAUGUGCUUUAUCAGCAAUUCAGUUCCUCCUGGCAUUGGCUCUCUCUAUAGUGUUUUCCAUUACUGAUAAAGACAAAUGAAUAUUCAAAAGAGAGACUUAUCAAGACAUGGCUGAGGAAGUGGUGUAUGUGGGUGUGGCAAGAUAGAAACAAAAAUAUGCACUUUUACUGCUACACAUUGAGAUAAUGCCUAAAUUAAAAGGAAGUCAUGAGCCUGUGAUAUGUGAUUGUAAUUUGUCAUAGUAAACGCUUGGCCUAUAUUUUUGACCACACCAAUUCCACAGUUCUUAUCAAAACACACACAGAAACCUUAUCUGAAGGAGCUGAUAACAGAAUUCUCAAAGAACACAAAAAUUUUUGGUUUCUUAUGCCAGUUAUGCUCAUAGGAAUCACAUUCAUGAAAUGUAUCAGUCAGGAUUUAGGUUCAAUCAUAGCACAGAGACAGCACUGGUUAAAGUCGUAAAUGACCUACUAUUGGCCUCUGAUCAGGGUUGUGUCUCCUUGCUUGUGUUGCUUGACCUUAGUGCAGCUUUUGACACCAAUGAUCAUACUGUUCUCCUUGAUCGAUUAGAAAAUGUUGUUGGAGUCAAAGGAAUAGCCUUCUCCUGGCCCAGGUCUUAUUUAACUGAUCAUUAUCAGUUUGUAGAUGUAAAUGUUGACUUCUCUAUUCAUACUAAGAUAAAGUUAGGUGUUGCACAAGGUUCUGUUUUAGGCCCACUGCUUUUUUCUUUAUAUUUGCUACCUCUAAGUAAUGUUAUUUGUAUGCAUGAUGUUUCAGCAAAGCCUGAUGAGAGACACCAGCUUAAUAAAAUUGAGGAAUGUGUAAAGAACAUCAGACACUGGAUGCUUCUUAAUUUACUUCUUAAUUCUGACAAGACAGAAGUACUUGUACUAGGACCACAUGCAGUUAGAAGUAAGUUUACUGAUUAUGUAGUAACUCUGGAUGGCCUUUCUUUUUUAUCAUGUGCAGCAGUAAAAGACCUUGGGGUGAUUAUUGACACCACUCUCAUUUGAAGCUCAUGUAGAUAAUAUUACUAGGACAGCCUUGUUUCAUCUCAGAAAUAUUGCUAAGAAAUAUAAUGUCACUAUACAAUGCAGAAAAACUAGUUCAUGUUUUUGUUACCUCUAGCUUGGUUUAUUGUAAUGCCUUACUUACUGUCUGGAUGUUCUAGUAGGCGCAUUAAAAAAAAAGCUUCAGUUCGUCCAGAAUGCAGCAGUGAGAGCCCUUACGAGAAUCAGAAGAUAUGACCACAUCACCCCUAGCUUAUUCACACUGCAUUGGUUCCCAAUCAAAUUUCACAUUGAUUAUAAAAUACUACUAUUGACCUAUAAAGUACUGAAUGUCUUACACCACAGUACCUGAGUGAACUUCUAGUCUUUUAUGACUUGCCAUGCCUACUUAGUGCAGGCUAAAGGUGCAGGCUGUUUGUUGGUACCUCAAAUAGUGAAGGCUACAGUUCUAUAGGGGGUAGAGCCUUCUCUUACAAAGCCUACAGUUAUGGAACAGCCUUCCAAUUCAUGUUCGGGACUCAGACACAGUCUCAGUGUUUAAGUCUAGGCUGAAAACAUUUGUUUAGUGAAGCUUUUUGUUAAUAGAUUUGUAUUAUGUAAAGGAGCAGAUCUGGAGGGUUCUUGGGCAGAGAGGUGUUUUGGUAAAUUGGCAUGUUUGGAUGCUGUCACCCUCCCACUCUGACACGUUCACUCAGGUUUGUUGACUGUGGAGUGGCUGGCCAAUUUAUGUCCCAGGGCGUCCUCAUGUCUGUUACCUUCUGGCUCUCCCAUUUAGUUAUGCUGUCAUACUUAGUCUUGCUGGAGUCCCUGCUUGUGAUGCUGACCUCUCCUGCUCUUCAGACCUGCCUCAUCCAUCCUGAUGCCCUACUUCUAGUUGGAUCACUUUGCUCCUGUGGAGGAUGGCUCCAAAUAGGCAGCCUAAAAAUACACUUCCAAAAUGGCUUUGGACAAUUAAUACAAACAAACAGUUUUGCUAUGAUGGCUUAGGACUACAAUUGCCAUGACAACUUUAGGACUGCAGUUAGCAUGAACAGUUUUGUACUCAAUUCUUUAUCAGUAACAGCUGUAACUUCAACAAAAAGACUUCAUGUAAAAACUAUAAUGAAUUACACAUUUGUACUUUUUGACCAUAUAGGACACAGUUAUAGAAGCUAUUUAUUUAUAAUCCAGCUAUCUGUUAUCACCCAAAUAAGGAUGGGUUCCUUUUUGAGUCUGGUUCCUCUCAAGAUUUCUUCCUCAUGUCGUCUCAGGGAGUUUUUCCUUGCCACCACUGCCUCAGGCUUGCUCAUUUGGGAUAAAAUUAUAAAUUCAUAUGUUUAAAAUGUAUAUCCGGAACGUAUAUAUUUCUGUAAAGCUGCUUUGUGACAAUGUCUAUUGUUAAGCGUUUUACAAAUAAAACUGAUUUGACUUGA